AUGGGUUCUGAGCGUGAGAACAAGACGUUCCUCGCGCGACUCUGCGAGCAGGCCGAGCGCUACGAUGAGAUGGUCAGCUACAUGAAGGAAGUCGCCAACAUUGGCGGCGAGCUUACCGUCGAUGAGCGCAACCUCCUGUCCGUUGCUUACAAGAACGUUGUGGGUACCCGCCGUGCCUCCUGGCGCAUCAUCUCCUCCAUCGAGCAGAAGGAGGAGUCCAAGGGCUCUGAGGAGCACGUUUCUAUCAUCCGCGACUACCGUCAGAAGAUCGAGACCGAGUUGGAGAAGGUUUGCCAGGACGUUUUGGAUGUCUUGGACGAGUCCUUGAUCCCCAAGGCCGAGACUGGCGAGUCCAAGGUCUUCUACUACAAGAUGAAGGGCGACUACCAUCGUUACCUCGCUGAGUUCGCUUCUGGUAACAAGCGCAAGGUUGCCGCCACCGCUGCCCACGAGGCCUACAAGAACGCCACCGAUGUUGCCCAGACCGAUCUUACUCCCACUCACCCCAUCCGCCUCGGCUUGGCCCUGAACUUCUCCGUCUUCUACUAUGAGAUCCUGAACUCACCCGACCGCGCCUGCCACCUUGCCAAGCAGGCUUUCGAUGAUGCCAUUGCCGAGCUUGACUCACUGUCGGAGGAGAGCUACCGUGACAGCACCCUCAUCAUGCAGCUCCUGCGCGACAACCUCACGCUCUGGACCUCGUCCGAAGGCAAUGAGGGUGCCGAGGGCGUCGCUCCCAGCCAGGACAAGCCUGAGGAGGAGGCUGCUGCUCCCGCCGCCGCCGCUGCCCCUGCUGCCGAGGAGAAGACUGAGGAGUCCGAGCCUGUUCAGGCCGCCUCUUAA